CGUCUCUUUUAGAUUCGACAUAGACCUUCAAUUUGAUAUUCUCAUAUCAUCGGUAGGAAGAAGAAUUGGCCGUCAUGGAUCGUCAUCUGGUACUUUGCUUGGUCGUCAUUGGACUCGUUUCUCAUCAGGUCUCCGCUCAAAGGGGGUCGUGCGAAGGGUGCUGUGACUGCGGCUUUAUGGGUGGCAAUAAUUGCUAUUGCGAUAAUUAUUGCCAGACAGCCGGUGAUUGUUGCUCAGACUACGCAACGCACUGUGCCGAUCCUUGCGAGUCAACACCCUGUCAGAACGGUGGAUUCUGUGACAGUGUUGGGGGAACGUUCACAUGUACCUGUCCUUCUGGGUAUUUUGGGGAUAGAUGCCAAGAAAAGAAGAGCGAUCCCUGUAGUUCGGCACCCUGUCUGAACGGUGGGUCGUGUAGCAGCUAUGGAAACUCAUCUUGGUGUUACUGUCCAGAUGGAUACACUGGAGAGUAUUGUCAAUAUCAUCAAGGAAACGGAAGCGACCCAUGUAGUUCUGCACCCUGUCUGAACGGUGGGACGUGUUACAGCAAUGGAAAUUCAUCUUCGUGUAUUUGUCCAGACGGAUAUUAUGGAGAGCAUUGUGAAUAUCAUCAGGGAAACGGGAGCGACCCGUGUAGUUUUGCACCCUGUCUGAACGGUGGGACGUGUUACAGCAAUGGAAAUUCAUCUUCGUGUUUCUGUCCAGACGGAUAUUAUGGAGAGCAUUGUGAAUAUCAUCAUGGAAACGGGAGCGACCCGUGUAGUUUUGCACCCUGUCUGAACGGUGGGACGUGUUACAGCAAUGGAAAUUCAUCUUCGUGUUUCUGUCCAGACGGAUAUUAUGGAGAGCAUUGUGAAUACCAUCAAGGAAACGGGAGCGACCCGUGUAGUUUUGCACCCUGUCUGAACGGUGGGACGUGUUACAGCAAUGGAAAUUCAUCUUCGUGUAUCUGUCCAGACGGAUAUUAUGGAGAGCAUUGUGAAUAUCAUCAUGGAAACGGGAGCGACCCGUGUAGUUUUGCACCCUGUCUGAACGGUGGGACGUGUUACAGCAAUGGAAAUUCAUCUUCGUGUAUCUGUCCAGACGGAUAUUAUGGAGAGCAUUGUGAAUAUCAUCAUGGAAACGGGAGCGACCCGUGUAGUUUUGCACCCUGUCUGAACGGUGGGACGUGUUACAGCAAUGGAAAUUCAUCUUCGUGUAUCUGUCCAGACGGAUAUUAUGGAGAGCAUUGUGAAUACCAUCAUGGAAACGGGAGCGACCCGUGUAGUUUUGCACACUGUCUGAACGGUGGGACGUGUUACAGCAAUGGAAAUUCAUCUUCGUGUUUCUGUCCAGACGGAUAUUAUGGAGAGCAUUGUGAAUACCAUCAUGGAAACGGGAGCGACCCGUGUAGUUUUGCACCCUGUCUGAACGGUGGGACGUGUUACAGCAAUGGAAAUUCAUCUUCGUGUUUCUGUCCGGACGGAUAUUAUGGAGAGCAUUGUGAAUAUCAUCAGGCUUGGAACUCGACAACUAUCCUAUAGUAUCUAUGCUUAUUAUGGAUUAUGAACGAUAACACGACUGUAGCCUAGAAGUACCACAAGCAUUGAAAAAUGAGGAGAAAGACCAGACAAUAAGGAAUCAUCUAUUCCACCGUGCCAUGAGUAACAUUUGAAGAAAAUUCAAUCAAAUCAACUCAAUCUAUUUGGCAUCAUUGAAAGGGAAAUCAAGUACAGAUGAUAAACACAGAGUAAAUAACAGGCCAGGACCUUUAGGAAGCAAUGUGUGCUUUUAAAUGAAGCCCUGAUCAAGUUAAACACAAUAUUAGAUACGUUUGGAAUAACAAGAAAAUUACACUCUGAAACAUGAGUAGAAUGAUUAUCUAGUGCAAAUUUUUUUUUCAUUAUAUAUAAAUCUUAAAAUGGUAUAUUAAAAGGUUAUUAUACUUGUUUUUUCUUGAAAAGAAAAAAUUGCAUUAAAGGUAGAAAGGUCCAUGUAUUAAAAUUCGGAACGCCUUCCAAGACAAAGAGAGAG